AUGGCGACUGCAACACCGUCACCCCUAGCCAGCUCUGUCGAGAAGACAAAUGGAAACAAGCUAAGUAGGCUUCUCAUCGAUGGCGGAACAACAGUGCUGAGGAAUAUUUUCGAUUCCCAUCAUCCUCCUGCCAACUUGGCUGCUAAUCUUAGUUCCAGACAUAUUCAUUCCAUUCUUACUAGACUUCGGCAUAGAAACAUUCUGAAUAGCAGUCAGUGGGACAAACUGUUUCCACCACCAGGUGGAGGGACACCAAACUCUAUUAACUUUGAUAUCACUCUUCUGUUCCUCUUGCUGACGAACAUUUGCGGACUAUCCCCUCCUCCCUCGGGCUCUUGGCACAAAAUGCCUCCCGCGAGUGACACCUCUAGAGAGGCUAACCUUGCUCGCAUGAAAUACUAUCGAAACGUGCUCUGUGGUCACGUGACAACAACUGGUAUUCCAAAACUAGUGUUCGAUGUUAAAUGGCAGGAAGUUAGUUCUGUUCUUGUUUCGCUUGGGUUGAAUCAGUCUGAAGUGGACAGAUUAAAGCGAGAGCCUUGUGGAGAGGAUUAUGUCAGCGCUGUUACUGAAUGGAUGAAAAAUGACGAGGAGAUCCAAUUCCAGCUGAAAGAUCUACUUACUAAACAACAACAAGUGCUCCAAACCCAACAGGAAGAUCACAGAACUCUUCAAGAUACACAACAAACGGUUGGCAGAGUGGAACAGACGCUUCAAGAUACGCACCAGGCAGUUGGCAAUUUGCAACAAAUGUUACAGGAAGUUCGGACAACCCAACAAGAAUCGCAGCAGCAGAUAAAGCGUGAGGCUGCAAAUGCUGAAGAAAGAGGAGAUAAAGCUGAAGAGGAUGAAGCUCUGAGAAAAUUAGCACAAGUUAGCACCGAGAGAGUCAUCCAGUAUCACUCUGGGAAAUACCUGGAGAAAACGCGCUUGCUCAUCUUUAAGAAGAUCAGGUUGUGGCUAGACGAUCUUGCAUCUGAAAAUCGUGUGAUGGUAAUCAGUGGAGAUGCAGGAAUGGGCAAAUCAGUUAUCGCCGCUAUCGUUUGUCAGAGAAUGCAACACGCUGGUCGGCUCUCAGGAAGUCACUUUUGUCAGCACAACAAGGAACGUUACAGAAACCCCAAGGUAAUGCUUCAAUCGUUAGCUUGUCAGCUGUGUGAUGUUUUACCAGAAUACAAAAGUGAACUUGUGAAGAAACUUUCUAGAAACUUGGGUGUGGACAUGAACAGCCUAGAAGUUCAGGAGCUGUUCGAAUUUCUUUUCGAAGAGCCUCUAUGCAGCGUAGGAGACCGUGGAAGAAAUUUGCUGUUAGUUAUUGAUGGCCUGGAUGAAAGUGAAUACAAAGGCCGCAAUGAUCUGCUUGAUGUCGUAGCUAAUCAUUUUUGUAAACUUCCUGUUUGGUUCCGGUUUCUUGUUACUACUCGACCUGAAGUAAAUAUUGCAGAUCGUCUUCAAAAGUUUAAUCCUAUUCAGCUGGAGCAAGAUAACGAAGAAAACGUGAAAGACAUUAGACUCUUCCUUGAAAAACAGUUGAGCAGCGUUAUUCAAUCGGGCUCUGAAGAUGUUGUUAUCGAUGCACUGGUCCGAAAGGCUGCAGGGCAUUUUUUAUAUGCUUAUUUGAUGGUCGAUUUUUUCAAGAAAAACUUUUCACUUCUCACCCCCGAGAACUUAGGAAGAACCUUACAUUCAGAUGUAUCGUCUGUUUAUCAGUCCUACUUCGAACGUUUAGAGAAAGAAUUGGAAAUUGGUGAGGACCAGUUUUUGACUUUUUUGAGUGCUAUGGCGGCGGCAAGAGAACCACUACCACGAGACUUUGUUUCUAAGAUGUUGCUUUCGGACUCGAAGUCCCCAUCUGGUCCUCGGAAAGUAACAAAAGCUAUUAACUCUAUCUCUACCCUUCUACCUGUUCAUGAUGACUGCAUUGUGUUCUUCCACAAAUCACUUAAGGACUGGUUGACUGACAGAACUACCUAUGGGCAACACAACUUCUCCGUAGAUGAAAAGCAAGGUCAUGCCAUGCUCUCUCAGCUCUGUACUAAUGAACUGAAUAACGUGAAAAGAAAAGGCGUUCACGGCUCCAAAUUCAGUAACACUGCAAGGUACGCGCUACAGCAUGGUGUUUAUCAUAUGCUCGAGUCCGAAGAGCUAGAUGAGAGUACAAGAAGCUUUGAAGAAAUCGUUAACAACUGUUACCAACUUAGACAUUGUGUUUGCAAAGCUAUGUGUAAACAACACGGCUAG